UCAUCAUAUUUUUCCCAUUCACGAUUUUAAUAUUAUUUUUACGUUUAUACGACUGACUGCGGCCAUUUUUCUUUUCAUUAAUUCAUAUAGGCAACAUUUGGCAAGUGAAGUGCUAGUCUGUGAGAAAAAUGUUGUCGCGAUUAGCUUUACGCAAUGCUCAAAUGUUGCCUGUUCUUGCUCAAAGAGCACAGGCAACAACAACAACCACAAUGGAUCGUCCUAAACGUCUCAUAGAUCCAGCACCAACUCGUCUUGGAAUUAUUCCCGAAGAAUGGUUCACAUUUUUCUAUCCAAAAACCGGAGUCACAGGUUCCUACAUGUUUGGCAUUGGUGUCACCACAUAUUUAGUUUCAAAAGAAAUUUACAUUUUGGAACACGAAUAUUAUGCUGGAUUAUCAUUGUUUAUUGUUUUAAUGGGAGGAUACUACAAAUUUUAUGAUCAAAUUCACGCAAUGCUUGACAAGAAACAGCAGGAAGAAAUAGAUGAACAUCGUUCUGAAAGAGAGUUGGAAUUAAAAACUUUAAACGAUUCAAUUGCACAUGCAGAGAGACAAAAAGCAAUCACCGGUGUUCAGACAAUGAUUUCCGAUGUAAAAAAGGAGAAUAUAAAGAUACAAUUGGAAGCUGCAUAUAGAGAGCGAUUGUCUCACGUUUAUACCGAGGUGAAGAAACGAUUAGACUAUCAAUUACAAUUAGCCACCACCGAACGGAAAAUUGCACAGAAACACAUGGUACAAUGGAUCAUUAAUAAUGUAAUGAAAGCAGUAACACCCGAUUUAGAGAAAUCAACAUUACAACAAUGUAUCAAAGAUCUUCAGGGUCUCGCCCCCAAGGCUUGAGAGAUUUAUUCGAAAUUUAGAAUCUAUAGACUUUUAAAACACGUCAUCAACAAGUGUUUCCGACUUUAAAAACUGUACAUUUUUUUUCUUUUCAAUUGCCGCGAAUUUAUCUCCACACUCUGUAAAUCGCCAACAUUUAAAAUAAAGUUCUGUUAUUCUAAAA